AGUGAAAUCAUGUGACCAGCCCGAGGCACGAAAACAGGAAACCGGAAGAGAUUUUCUAAACUCUAGUUGUGUAUCGAUGUAAGGAUGGCCUCAGCGGUGGAGAGGACGGAUGAUCUCGUGCGUGAAUAUUUAAUCUACCGUGGAUUUACAAGCACACUCAAACAUCUAGAUGCUGAAAUCAAAGCUGACAAAGAGAAAGGAUUUCGAGUGGAUAAAAUAAUCGAGCAGCUUCAGCAGUUCAUUCAGGCCUAUGACCUUCCUGGACUGAAGGAAUAUUGGCGCUACCUGGACCACAGACUCUUCAGCCGCUUGGAGGAUGUUUACAGACCCACUGUUAACAAAUUGAGGACGAGCCUCUUUCGUUACUACCUUGUGUACACUGUUCAGUCAAAGAAUCUGGAGAAGACUCAAGAGUUUUUCCAGAAGCAGGCUUUUGAUCUUCAGGGCCAGGUAGAAUGGCGUGAUUGGUUCAUCCUGCCGUUUAUUUCAGCACCAGAGCAAAAUCCGAGCUUCUCUCCGUAUUUUUCCCGCCAGUGGGCUGAUACUUUCCUCGUUUCCCUCCACAACUUCCUCAGUGUUCUUUUCCGGUGUAUGCCCCAGCCUGUGCUUCUGAGUUUUGAUGCUGAAGUUCAGAGAAACAUCAGUAUCCAGGAGGAGAAUGAACAACUGCACCAAGUGUUAUUUGCACUUCAAGGAGAAUCGAAGCCCAGAAAAGCCGAGCAGAUGCUGCAUCACAAACUCCCUGCUUACGUCCAGCACAUGGAUCGACUCGGAGAUACAGAGCUGGACUUGGUGUCGAGCCAGCGUGUCGUAAACCCCGCCGCUCCUUCAAGGAAUUUCUUCUCGUUUUUGCCUCAGGGCAGAAGAACCCCAGUGCGAACGUCUCAAGUGGCAACGAGCUCUUCCCCCACACAGGCCACCCUCGGGAGGAAGGAAACCUCGGCCAGUCAGUCAGUAAAAAUAAAGGACCCCACAACCUCAAAAGAGUCCAAGAUGGCGUCCAUGGCUGCUGCUUCAGCAGAAACGGGUGCACGGCAAAAGAAGCAGAUGGAUCAUGAGAAAGAGAGAAAAGAACUUUUCUCCAAACAAGCAGCACAGAGUUUUGAAAAGAAAAUUGAGGUUUCCGAGGCCGAGGGUCAAGUCGAGGGCCAGAUCGACACAACUGACUCGCCAACCAAACAGGCUCAGGCUAGCAGCGAAGGGGCCGGCUCCGGGGCCGAACAACCGUUCAUCAAACUUAGUCAGGAGGAGUAUGGAGAGCAUCACUCUUCCAUCAUGCACUGCAGGGUGGACAGUUCAGGUCGGAAAGUGGCAAGUCUGGAUGUGGAUGGCGUAGUGAAAGUUUGGUCCUUCAACCCCAUUAUGCAGACGAAAGCCACCAUUAUGUCCAAGUCGUCUCUGCUCUCACUGGAAUGGGCUACAAAACCAGACAGACUGCUGUUGUUGGGCAGUGGGGUUGGCACAGUGAAGCUGUAUGAUACUGAAGCCAAGAAAAACCUAUAUGAAAUGUCUAUAGACGAAGCUCAUCCGCGGAUACUAUCCCUAACCUGCAGUCCUAGUGGAACAUCGUUUGUGUGUUCAGCAGCAGCUCCUGUGGCUCGUUCAGGCAGCAUGUCAGAAACAGCGCCACAUCUGAUGCAGCCCACCUCCGGAAAGCUGCUGCUCUGGGACACUAAGACUGUCAAACAACAGCUGCAGUUUGCGCUAGAGCCAGGGCCUGUAGCGGUAAACUGCAUUGCGUUCAACCACAACGGGAAUCUUCUAGUAACUGGAGCUGCUGACGGUAUCAUACGCCUGUUUGACAUGCAGAAGUAUGAAAGUGUUAUGAGUUGGAAGGCUCAUGAUGGUGAAGUGUACAGUGUUGAGUUCAGCUAUGAUGAAAACACUGUGUUCAGUAUUGGAGAGGACGGGAAGUUCAUCCAGUGGAACAUCCACCGCUCUGGAGUGAAACAGUCAGAGUACUUGUUAUCGCAGGAUGCCGUGGGACCGUUUGUGCUGUCUGGGUACAGUGGAUAUAAGCAGGUCCAGGUGCCUCGUGGACGACUUUUCGCUUUUGAUUCAGAGGGACAGCACGUCCUAACCUGCUCCAGUAACGGAGGAGUCAUCCAUCGGCUGAAUAAGGGAGACGCAGGUCUGGAGAGUGUGUUGUCUUUGGGAGGGCAUAAAGCUCCUGUGGUAACGGUGGACUGGUGUUCAGCUGUGGACUGUGGAACCUGCCUUACAGCAUCGAUGGAUGGCAAAAUCAAACUGAGCACGCUCCUCGCACAGAAACCCUGACGAGAAAAAGUGGUUACAUCGUCCGUCAUUGUAAUGAUAAUUAUUAUAUCACACCUUUCUCCAUUUUCUAUCACCUUCUCAUCAUAGCUUGGGUAAAGAUUACUGAUCCUAGUCGACUUUUAUUACUGUUAAAAUUUGCAGGUUUCAAAUAAAGUUCCAUCAUACUUUAAGUGAAUAACAGUUACGUUACUAAAGUAGUGAAGGUGAUCAUAAGGCCGUAGCAUGUGACUUAGAUUAUUUUCAUCAUCAUCUGAUGUUCAGUAGAAUGCAUUAACAGUCUCAGUCACCUGAAGGACAGUGUUUUUUUUUUUUCUUCUUCUCCUUACAUACAGUAUCAAAUUAAUACACACAUCAUAGUUCUUGAACUCGCAUUUUCGACUACAAGUUCCACAGCUUUUCCUUUAAAUUGUUUCAUCUUUUUAUUGAAAAUAAAAAAGUAAAUACGUAAGAACAAGAUACAGUGUUCAUAUCAGGAUUUCGGAAACAGCUGCCAGUGGUUCUGACACCAUUUUAAAGACUGUAUUCCUAAAUAGUAAAUAUCAAGUAUUGGAUUUGUUUGAUAUGAUAGAAUAAAGUGUUUGGUGAUAA